AAAUGAUGCACGAUCACCGGGCAGGAUUACACACCACAACAAACAAACCCGAUGCGCACGAGUUCCGUUUUUAUUUACGUUCUCAUGAACUAGCAGCAAAUUGUAAGCACAUAAACAGAAAUGUAUUGAAGAACUGAAACUUCUUUUUACACCCUGUUUAGUUGUCAAGCGAAAAUGGCUGCUGCUCUUAUUGCCGCUCUGGGACUGGACCAACCUGAGGUACAAUCUUCCUCCAUCGCUGUCCUGGAGAAAGGGAAUGCAGACUCCAGCUUUGUCCUGUCGUGCUUCAUGUGGGAGUGUUUGGUGGGCCGUUCUUCACGUGAGUGCCGUGCUAACGGGUUGCUAGUUCCCCGUCCGUCUGAAACGUCAACCGCUGUAUUGUUACUAACAUGUCACCAUUCAGCUGCACAUUAUCGGAACCAGAGCUUGAAGUUGGGGUUGAACUUGACUAGUUUGAGUCAAAAAGGUCUCUUUGAAGAACUAGACCUAAUGAAAUUAAUUAACGAGUCACUUUCCACAUCAAGAGAAACUUCAGAGGAAGAUAUCAGUAAAAACGGGACAUUUUUUGUGAAAUCUCUAUUUUUGAGUAUUAGGAGUAAGUUGUUAAAGAUGAAAGAGAAUUUCAAAUCUGUUUGCUUAAUAAUAGGGAAUGUAAAUGAUCUGUUAACUUCAGGUGUGUCAACUGCACAGCUUUUUAUAUUUUUAAACUAUCUACAAGGACUUCUAUCAGGAAUCAGUAAUUUAUCUCUUGUAAUUUCCACACAUGUUACCGAUGACGAUGACAGUGAACGAUUAUUGGGUGCAUUUUUGAAGAACGCAUCAGAUUUGACUGUCACUGUAUCAGCCUUGCAGACAGGUUUGAGUAAGGAUGUUUCUGGUUGUUUGAGUGUGGGGGGUUUGUCUGUUUCAUCAGGAACUUAUCACUAUCGUCUUUUAGACAGACAGGUGAAAAUGUUUUCGCCUGGAGCAAGUUCUGUUUAAUGUCAGUUUUUGAUUCUAGUUAUUCUUGCUGUGGAUAUGUAUAAGGUUUUCAAGAAAAUGAAAUGCAAUGGGACAAUUGUGAUUACCAAAAGUGAUGUGUUGUGCCGGUGGAAAAUCAACAAAUAAGACAUGAUCAUUGCUUAUAA